CCGACGCAGGCACUGGAGGAAGAGCUCCUUUGGCUUCUUGUGCCCACUCAGCUAUGAGGCAAACUUGCGUGCUGUUGCAGCCGGGGAACAAUUUCUACAGGCAAUGAUCAUGCUGCAAAUGAAUUUGAAGCUUCCAGCUUAAUGUUUCUUUCGCGCAGAAGCUGAUGGAGGAAAUUCUGCCGAAUCCUUGACAAUCGGGAGAAACUGCUGGGUAUUUGCAAUUAACUAAAUGAAUCCUUCACAGUGACUGCACAUAAGCCCCUACCGAGUGCCCCAGUUCACCACACAGGCAGUUUUGCCACUCCAUGUAGGAUCUGCAGUUGGAUGCAACACUUCGGCUUAGUUGGACAUCACAGGUGGCAAGACAGACUUGACAUCACCGAUAGUUACAGGUGAAUGAGAAAAGCGAAGACACAACUGAGGACCAUAAUUUCUGGCUCUUUGAAAGCCCAGCACUAAAUGCAUCAGGUAUACCACUGUAUCCACAGCUCUCUUCUGCUGUUACCUUCUAAAACCAGUGGCUUUGAAUUGUUGAAGUCCCUUGAUAAUAUUAGUCUCCACAGAAAACUUUGAGUUUUAAAAUGGUGAGGAGAAGGAUUAGCCCCCAAAUCUGUCACAUGUUGAUGAGUUUUCUGACUAUUUGCCUAACUGAAACGGCCCUGCAGCAUAGCGAGUGCCCUCAGCUGUGUGUUUGUGAAAUCCGACCAUGGUUCACCCCACAGUCAACGUACAGAGAAGCUGCCACUGUGGACUGCAAUGACCUGCGGUUGACCAGAAUCCCUAGCAACCUCUCUGCUGACACCCAGGUGCUCUUGCUUCAGAGCAACAAUAUUGCCAAGACAACGAAUGAGUUUGAGCAGAUGUUUAACCUCACUGAACUCGAUCUCUCGCAGAAUAAUUUCACCACUAUUCACGACGUGGGCUUGACCAAUCUUACUCAGCUCACCACACUGCAUCUAGAAGAGAAUCAAAUAGCAGACAUGCCUGAUUAUUGCUUACAGGAUCUUGCUAGCCUCCAGGAGCUCUACAUAAAUCACAACCAGAUUAGUAGCAUAUCAGCCAAAGCCUUUUCUGGUUUGAGGAAUUUGUUGAGACUACACUUAAAUUCUAACAAACUGCGAGUGAUUGACAGCCGUUGGUUUGAGUCUACACCUAACUUGGAGAUUCUCAUGAUUGGGGAAAAUCCUGUAAUUGGGAUCCUGGACAUGAACUUCAAGCCUUUAAGCAAUCUGCGAAGUCUGGUUCUAGCAGGAAUGGAACUGACAGAGAUUCCUGGCAAUGCUUUAGUAGGCUUGGACAGUCUGGAAAGUCUCUCCUUCUACGAUAAUAAAUUGGGAAGAGUGCCUCAGCUUGCACUUCAGAAGGUGCCGGCCUUGAAGUUCCUGGAUUUGAACAAAAAUCCUGUUCACAAAAUUCAGGAAGGUGAUUUCAGAAACAUGCUUCGCUUGAAAGAACUUGGUAUCAACAACAUGAUUGAACUUGUUUCUAUUGACAGAUAUGCCUUGGAUAAUCUCCCUGAACUUACAAAACUGGAAGCCACAAAUAACCCUAAGUUGUCUUACAUUCAUCGCUAUGCAUUUCGGGAAGUUCCGUCCCUUGAAAGCCUGAUGCUCAAUAACAAUGCAUUGAAUGCCCUUUAUCAAAAGACUGUGGAUAACCUCCCUAAUCUGCGUGAAGUCAGCAUUCAUAGUAACCCUAUCAGGUGUGAUUGUGUUAUCCAGUGGAUGAAUUCGAACAAAACAACCAUUCGCUUCAUGGAGCCCCAGUCUAUGUUUUGUGCGAUGCCUCCAGAGUACAGAGGUCAGCAAGUCAAGGAAGUUCUCAUGCAGGAGACUGCCGAGCAAUGUCUUCCAAUGAUUGCACAUGAGACUUUCCCAAACCAUCUGAACGUAGACGUAGACAUGACGGUCUCCUUAGACUGCCGUGCUAUGGCAGAGCCUGAACCUGAAAUCUAUUGGGUCACACCACUUGGCAGUAAGAUCACAGUGGACACCUUAUCAGAUAAAUAUAAGCUGAGCAGUGAGGGGACUCUUGAAGUGUCCCACGUUCACGUCGAGGACUCUGGCCGAUAUACGUGUGUAGCUCAGAACUCUGAAGGAGCAGACACAAGGGUUGCAACUAUUCGAGUAAAUGGGACCUUGCUAGAUGGAACUCAAGUACUGAAAAUCUACGUGAAGCAAGCUGAAUCGCAUUCUAUCUUGGUUUCAUGGAGAGUGAACUCUAAUGUUAUGACUUCAAAUCUGAAAUGGUCUUCAGCCACCAUGAAGAUCGACAACCCUCACAUCACGUACACUGCAAGGGUUCCUGUUGAUGUCCAUGAAUACAACCUGACUCAUCUGCAGCCUUCCACAGAGUAUGAGGUCUGUCUAACCGUGUCCAAUAUCCACCAACAAACUCAGAAAUCGUGUGUCAACGUAACUACAAAAGGUGUGACGUUCUCGCUGGAUAUCUCUGACCAGGGAACCAGCACCGCUCUUGCAGCUGUUAUGGGGUCAAUGUUUGCCAUCAUUAGCAUCGCUUCAAUAGCUGUUUAUAUAGCCAAACGCCUCAAGCGGAAGAACUACCAUCAUUCAUUGAAGAAGUACAUGCAGAAGACUUCGUCUAUUCCCCUGAAUGAACUUUAUCCACCACUUAUAAAUCUCUGGGAAGGAGAGAGCGAGAAAGACAAAGAUGGUUCCUCCGAUGUGAAACCUACACCUGUCGAUACAUCAAGAAGCUAUUAUGUGUGGUAACUGGAGGAAUUUUGCUUCUAGUUAAGGGAGCACAAGACUUUUUUUGCUUUUUUCUGCAAAAGUGAAAGUUCAGAACCUUUUUUGUAAUUUGACUUUGCUAACUUGUGGCAGAGCUGUGAGGACAGGUGGAUAUUUCAGACUUUUAGUAUAGCGUAUCGCCUUUGUUGGAUUUUUUUUUAAAAAGAAGGCAGCUCCAUUUAUUUUGCUAAAUGCCCCAGUUACUGUGCUUGAUUAUUCUUUUAAUCUCUCUCUGUUGCAGAAUUCCCGAAAGUAAUCAGUGGUAGUCCAGGUACAUGAUUAUAAAAGAACAACAAGCCUUUGGAGGGGUACUUAUUUGCUGAAAAGCUGUUUACCUUUUAAUUAUCAGUCACUGAUGCAUUUCCAUGUUAUAGUUUUUGUUUAGAACCUUGAAGCUGGCAAAUGGGAUUAGACCCUUUCAUUCUUCUAUUGAAUGCUGUUAGCUAACUUGUAUUGUUGUAUCAACUAUAAUUUUCUUUUUUUUGUUUUGAAGUUCAAAGCCCAAACACCUGUAAAUUUUAUUUGCCACCUUUGCUUGAAUUAGUUUUACAGCUUAGAAAAGUGUGUGGUUAAUAUUUAAUAAAACAGUAAUAGAAUUAAAGUGCUUUAAAAUGCUACUUAAGAUACAUUUUAGGUGAUUUUACUAAGGGACUUUAGCUGCCAGGUUUUUUCUGAAUGUCUCUAACUGCAUUUAGUAUCUAUAGUUUAACAUAAUGAAUUUUAUUGUGAGAAGUAGAUUGUGAAACAAGAACAAAAGUACAUUAAAAUUUUGAUCUUGAUUUUUAUAGAGCUUUGAGUCUCUGAUUAAAGUGUUCUUCUAAGGUUUUCCCUAUUGUCUCUCCAGAUUUCCUAUAUAGUGUGACACUUGAUAAAUUGAGUUGCUGAUGCUGUCCUCCGAUUUCAGAAAAAAAUUAAGCUUAUCACUAGGAAUGGGCUGGCAUUCAGCAACUUCAAUGAAUCAUGCCGGAUAAAAUUGUGAAAUUGGGGCUAGUACUGACAGACCAUAAUUCUCAUAGUAGGAACCAAGGUUAAGUAAUCCUCAAUCUCUAAGUAUAAACAUGGAAAACGCAAUUCUUAAUAUUCAUGAUGCUCCCCUUGCGUGAAGCCUGAAGAGUUGGCUACUGCUUGAAACUAAUAUACUCCUUGCUGAUUUUUGGCCCUAAAGAUAAUUAAAUAGCAUGUUGUAAAGUAUUAAUCCUCCUAUGUUCACAAAUUUAAUCUUGCUUCAUGAAGCCCCUCUCUGCCUAAACGAAUGCAAUAAGCAUUGACUAUGUUUUUGUCUGUAGCAAUAAUCUUAAACCUUGUGCUGUGUUUUUGAAGGCAACAAUAGGGUUUUGCAGGUUUACUCUUAAUAGCAAUUGUUUCCAUUUUUGGCAAUCAACAGGCUCCUACCUCACAACAAAUGAUGAAGCUAAACAUGAAGAAAGGUUAUUUUGAUGUUUGACCUUUUUAUUCACAGGCAGUUGAAUGGCCACCAACAAAGGCACUUGCACACGGUUGGGAUAUUUUAUAAAUUGAGCCUGAAGUUUGUAAAUGCACUGAUCAGCCUCUAUCCUAAAUGUCCAUUGAAUUUGCGCCAAAGGCAAGAUCUUGUGGUUUUAUUCAUUUAAUCCAUUUAACCCUGCUCACAGACAGAAGUACAUUCCUACCUUUAAAUGGCCAUGUCCCGCAUUUUCCUUUUGGAUUCUGUUUAAACUGCUUGUAUCCUUCAAGGCCCCUGGAUUUCACCUGCUGUUGGACCUUAAAUUAGUUCCUUGUUUUCUAUCCAGGCUUUUUCCAGUUAUCACUGUUGAAACUGAUGAGGAGAAGAUAGGAAGACAAAGGAUUCUUGAAAUCAGGCUGCAGGAUGGGAUUAUAGUGAGCAAGAAUAGCUAUACUAAGCAAUUGAAUCGCACCUUACAAAUACAGUGGAUUCCGGUUGUUUGGAACACAUUUUGGCCCUAUUAAGUGGCUGCCCUAAUUAGCCAAAGUUUCGUGGAAAUAGUUAAAAGGGUAUUUAAAAAAAACUACUGUUUAACCGAGUAACAAAUAAUGUAUUUAUAUGAAGCAGAACAACUUGGAACACCACAGUAAUAUGAAACUGUAUUAGUUCCUAAUGGUUUUCAAUGGAGCAAUUCAUCCAGUGUACCUAUGCUGCUGUUUUCCUUUUGACUGUAAAUGAACAAAAUCGGCUCAAACACUUAGUGCUGAUAAUGGACUGCCUACAUACAAUGCUAUUGAAGAUUUUAUCCCCCAGAUCCUCAUUUUCAUUGCAAUAUUCAAGAUGAUUGUCGAUAUCUUCAUAGUUCCUAACUUACUGAAGUAGUGAAAUCAUUUUAUUUUCAUUCCCAGCUGCUUCUGGCAUAUGCAAGCCUAAAUGGCUGGAGCUGCAGUGAGCAAAACAGUUCUGAAUUGUUUUGCUGCUUAUUUAUCAGCAACUAUCACUGACAAAAAUCACUGCAUUUUAGACAGAAACACACAACUAUUUUAAAAAGUGUUUGCUUUAAGCAUGGUGGAGUGUCUUAUGGCCACACAAUUUCAUGUGUCUGAUGCUAGUUAGAAACUGUUUGGGAACAGCCUCCUGUCCCAAUUAACUGGCAUGGUGUCCCAAAUAAACACAGGAAUUUCCAGUCCUGAUGAAGGGCUUCAGCCCAAAAAGUCAACCGUUUACUCUUCCAUAGAUGUUGCCUACCUGCUGAGUUGCUCCAGCAUUUUGUAUGCAUUGUUUCAAAGGGAAUCCUGGCUAUUUUCUUGAUUUGUUUUUGUUCUUUAAGAGUUGUCCCAAAUAAGCAGCUGCCCCAAUUAACUGGAAUCCACUGUAAAUGAUGAAUUGGAAAUCCCAUUACUAGCAAUAUCUUAUGCUGUCCUUGAGGCUUUUUACAACUAUUAGCUUCAAUAAGAACAGUGGCACAGUAGUUAGUUUGCUGUCCAUUGAAUCAGAGACACAAGUUUGAAACCUGUUAGCACUGGCAUUAGUAAUGGUAUCAACGACAUUACUGAUUGUUAUAAAAACUUAUCAAGCUUUGUUUUGGGGAAGAGAAACUGUUAUUUUUGGAUGAUAAAUGCUGAUAUUGUCACUAAACAGUAAAGGAACAUUUUUGCUAUCAAAGCAGAGCCCCAGAUUUAUUUCUUUAACAUAUUAGUACCAUUAUGAAAGGCACAGAUUUUGCAUUUGCUGAAGAAUUAAAGGAUUCCAGGUCUGUUUUGUUUUUUAAAAAAGAGUUUGAAACUGAGAUAUUGCUAAUUGUGAUUGGCACAGCAUAAUUGUCAUGAAUGUUGAUUUUUGGUUUAAUAAACAUUUGUCUUUUACAAUAUACAUAGGUAGCCAUCACUUUCUUCUGAAUUCACUGUAGACACACUCUAAUGUCUUUAUUGUUGAAGGGAGUGGCCAACAAGUAUAA